GUAAAAUUAAAAAGUGGAAAAAGAAAAAGCUCGUUUAGAUAAUGUGUGCUUGUACGUUCGCCCCCACCUGCCCGCCUAUAAUACCAUGUGGUCUCGGGCCUUGCUGUUAUUCCUGCCCUCCGCCCGCGGCUUGCUGCCAGCCCUGCUGCCCACCGCCGUGUCCUUGCACGCCUUGUCCGCCUUGUAGAUGCGAGACUACCUUUAGGCAGUGCCCAGCACCUAUAAUUCCAGAUCUGGUCGCCCCCAUAGUCCCUAUCCUGCCACCUUGCAGACCUCGCCGUCCGCCUCCUUGUGAUCCUCCUCCGUACCCUCCACCGAGGCCAGUCUGUUGCCCCCCAGUGUUGCCAUGCUGCCCACCACCAGAGCCAUGCGAUCCACCACCUGUCUGCCCAUGUCCCGAGCCAACUCCGUGCUACCAACCAGUGUUACCAUGCUGCAACCCUCAAUGCCCACCGCCUAUAUUGCCAAAGCAAAGGCCUAUUUGUCCCAGAGCACCCCCUGCGCCUUUCCCAAUGCUCCCUGUUUCCCGAAGCUGCUGUCCUGACUGCGAGUUGGAUCCUGUGACACGACGCCGGCCCCUAAUUGUUCACGAUAGCGUAUUCCAGAAUAGGAUAUCUGGUCGGCCAGUAGAAUGCUUCACACGGCGCAACCCCAACGUGCGUUAUACUGUGGCCAAUUACGUCAGAGAGGGACCACAAAGUGGAUGCGUCAUACCAGUCGACGUUCCAUUAUUUUAGCUGAAUUUGGAACAGUGUUCG